AUGAUGCCACCAGCUCCACCUGAUCCUCACAUCAAGUACUUAUGGAAUGAAAGUGUGGAUAUUAGUGAGAUGGCUGGAAUUGAGCAAAAUGAAGUACUGCAAUUGCGUAUCAUGCUUGGCAUCGAGGUUUGUCACAUGGAUGGCUAUGAUCAACCUGCAAUCUUGUAUCCCAGAUAUCGUGGCCUAGCCUCUCGCAUUCGUAUCCCAGCAGGACUAAAAGUCAUACGUAAAGUGGGUGAUCGCAUGGAAAAGGAGAAUUAUCCUAUUACUGACGAUCCCUCGCAAAAAUCACGUUUCUUUGGAAUGUUUGGCUACCAUAUGACGACAGUAUCGGAUCGUGCUGUUAUACUUACCACUAACGAACGUGAUGCUCUUGCUAUGUAUGAAGCAACCGAUGGAGCUCUUGCUUACGCUCUUCCGCAUGGAGAACGCAUCGAUCCAAGCGUGUUUCCUUAUCUUGAAGACUUCGAGCAGAUAUUUCUUUGGUUUCCUCCACGUCAUCUGGACUAUGCCAAAGAAUGGGGUUAUGCACUAAAUGGCGCUAGAUGCUACCUUAUAAGAAACGCUGAAAGACCGAUUGAGUUGGUGCGCAAUGGAAAGUUCAAGGAGGUCAAGCAUAUUCUAGGCAGGGAAUCGGUACGUCUACGAGAAAAAGGAUUUCGAUCCAUGACUGAUAUCCGUGAAGAACUGAAAGCAGAUUUAAUAAAUUCCAGCACUCGCCAGCUCGGCCUUGCACAGUGGAAACGCUUCGCUCCCCUUAACAAAUACCUGUUAGGACUUCGCCCAGGAGAGCUGACAGUACUAACUGGUGGAACAGGAUUUGGAAAGACUACAUUUUUGUGCGAAUAUGCUCUGGAUCUAUUUACUCAAGGGGUGCGAACCCUAUUCUGUAGUUUUGAGAUGCCCGAAGAGAAAAUAUUGAAAUGGAUGCUUGUACAGUAUGCAGGUCCCUCACAUCUUCGAAGUCUGGCGCGUACUCUCACAUAUAAAAAUGGAAUCAAAGUUCCACUGUAUCGUGUAGAGUACAGCAGUGCUAUCGAUACAUGGCUGGAUAAAUUCGAACGAACUAAAGGACCCCUUACCAUUAUGAAGACGACAGAGUUUAGAGAAAAGAGCAUUAAUCAAAUUGCGGCGGCUAUUCGAAGCCAGGUCAUCAACAGUGGCUGCCAACAUGUUGUCAUAGACAACUUACAAUUUCUGGUAAAUCAGUCAACAAUGAGCGAUGAACAGUCAAGCAGUAUGGAGCGCUUCCAUAUGCAGACCGACACUGAUCUCGAUAUCCAACAUUUUGGUGGAUCAGCGCGUGUGACACAAGAAGCCGACAACGUACUUGCUAUACAGAGAAGGCGUGAUGAUCGUGAUCGUAGCAAGUUUAGAAAGUUCCUUUACGGUGAAAGAGGUGGAACGUCAGAUGAACCGCAACGCGACUGCAACGCGACCGCAGCGCGACCGCAGCUCGUUGAACUUGCAAUCCUAAAAAACCGAUAUGGAGGACACAAAGUAGAGACGGACCAACUCGAGAUGCUGUUCCAACCUGGCACCUACUCGCAUACCAUAGUGGAUCACUCUCUCAAGCUGUAA